AUGGACGACGCGGGCAAAGAGGGCGUGCUGUUUGACAGCUUCAGCGAGAGCAACAGCAAGGAAGGCUCGCUGCGGGCUGGCAACAACUUGAAGCCCCUGCCCCUUCUGGGUGCCCGGCUGCAGGCAUGCUUGGAGGACGUGGCAGCUGCACGCAAAAUCGCACCUACGGAGCCAGGCAGCCUUGGCAGCUUUGCGCGCACGCACACAGUGCGCGCAGAUGGGUCGAGCGCAGGCAGCACACAGGUGCACGAGGUGGACCCCGCCCUGCUGCCGCUGCAUUGGCGCCAAGCCGUGGACGAUGCUGACGUGCCCACCUCUGCGUUCUUCGACUACCCCUGCCCAGUAGGGCCGCCGCCCUGUGCUCGCUGGAGCCACGCGCAUGCAGCCGUCGGUGACCGCCUCUUUGUGUUUGGCGGGGAGUCCUUGGCGGGAGUGCAGAGCAAUGCUUUCGUGUUCGACGCUGUGCAAAACACUUGGCGGGCGGUGCCAGUGCCUUCGCCGCGGUCGGAUGAUGCGCUGCCGGCCAUGUCUGGCCACGCUGCGUGUGCCGUGCUCGACAAGAUCUAUCUCUAUGGCGGCCGCCAGAACCGAAAGUACCUGCAGCGGACCUAUGUCUUUGAUACCGGGCGAGGAGCGUGGAAGUGCCCCAAGAAGUCCCCUGCAGAUCCGCCUGCCUUGUUUGGGCACACGCUCACUGCUGUGGGGCAGCAUGGCAUCUACCUGUUCGGGGGUCAGGGGAAGAAACCAAGUGAAGCAGUGUACAGCCUUGACCCUGACACCCUCAUUUGGGCACAGGUCGACACAAAAGGGGAGCGCCCAGGCUACCGGCAGGGGCACAGCGCGGCAUGGGAUUUCUCUGACUCGCUCAUAGUCUUUGGAGGACUCAGCGCAACUUCGGUGUUCAACGAAGUCCAUGUGCUGUCGCUGUCGACUGGGUACUGGUCCCGCCCGCAGUGCACCGGCCAGCCGCCACCCAAACGCUACGGCCACAGCGCUGUCAUGGUUGCCGCCAACCUCAUGCUCGUCUUUGGUGGCUGCAGCGCUCAGGGUGCAUUCUUCAGCGACCUGUACCUGCUCAACACAUCCACCUUCCGGUGGCAUCGCAUGGGCGGCGUGGGCGCGCAGCCCUCGGCCCGUUACGGACACGCAUGUGUGGCAGCCGCUGGGCGCGUGAUCAUGCACGGAGGCUCCAACGGCGCUCACGCAUACGACGGCCUCUUCACGAUCAGCACCACAUUUGGCCGCGAGUUUAACAGCGUGGUGUCAGGACUGGGGCGCUUGCGAGCGGGCACGGGCGCCUUGCGCGGCAGCAGCAGCAGCAGCAGCCGCAACAGCGAUGCUGCGCCAGGCAGCGACGACGGCACCAGCAGCACGGAGGCGGCGCGCACCCAGCUGGCCAACCUGCUGCACCUUCGAGCAGCCAACGAUUUGCAGGCAUUUGCUGCACGAAGGGCGGACAUCAGCGAGGGGUUGCUGCAGAAGCAGCGCGCUCGCGCAGCAGAGCUGGAGGCGACGGUGUCAGAGCUGCGCCUUAUGCUGGAGGAGGCCGGCAACGCGGGGGAGGCCUCACGUGAGGAGCUGCGGUCUGAACGCCAGAGCAGCCGCCGCGCCGCGCAGGCCGCUGCGAGCGCCGCCGAGGAUGCUGCCACACAGAAUGCAUUGCUACAGACGCAACGCGACGAGCUGCAGGCACGGUGUGAUGGGUUGGAGGCCCAGAUGCAGACUCUGCAGCAGCGCUGCUCAGCUUCCGAGGCUUCACUAAAGCAGCUGGAGCUGCAAUUGGGCAUGCUGCAGCAGCACCUGCGUACCAGCACCGCACAACUCGCCGAGCAGAAGGACAAGCGGGAUCGGCUGGCGGGGCAGCUCACAGAGGCGCACGCGCAGCUCACAGCUGAAAAGCAGAGGAGCCAGGCGCUGCAGGAGACACAGGCGCAGCUGCAAGCAGAGCGCAGGAGAGCAGCUGAGUUGGCAAGCUCGCCCGGGCCGUCAGGGCAGGCAGAGAGUGUUUCUGAUGGGUCGUCAAUGACGGACGUUGUGCACAAGCUGGCAUGCCUGCAGGGCAGUGCCGCUGCCUUGAACCGGUGUAGCCUGCCCGAGCUGCAAAGCCUGGAGGGCACCAUGGCGGAUACCUGGCGCGCGCUGCGGGACGCGAUCGACAGCAAGCUGAAUGAGCGCGAGGCCAGCCUGGCAGAGAGGGAACGCGCGGCGGAGGAGGCUGCUCUGUGCUCGCUGUGCAUGGAACGCCCCAAGACUGUGGCUCUGGGCUGCGGGCACCAGACCUGCGGCCAGUGCGCGGACGAGCACGACUCCUGCCCCUUCUGCCGCCAGCCAGUCCAGCACCGGAUCGUUUUGUACCAGACUUGA